AUGUCCAUUGUGAGGCUUCGCGGGUGGCUGGAUCAAUGCCUUCAUUCCCACAAGAGUUGUUCAAAGCAGAAGUCAGAGCAAAAUGACAAUACUCGGCCCAGCAGGCUCCUUCACAUAGCGAAUCUAACUCGGGGAUCAGCAAAUGGGAUCCGUUUGAUUGAGACAGAGAGCCGACACUAUGCAUACGCCUGCCUCAGUCACCGAUGGGACGGCAUUAUUCAUCAACUAAAGACAACAACAGCAAACUACAACGACGCCAGGGAAUUUAUUGACCUGGACACUCUUCCUGCAAAUUUCCGUGAAGCCAUCUGGGUCGCGCGGAAGCUACAGAUCGACUACAUGUGGAUUGACUCGAUUUGUAUCAUCCAGGACGGAGAUGGGGGCAAAGACCUGAAUAGAGAACUAGCUAAGAUGGGUCACAUAUAUCGCGGCAGUUUCUUGACAAUUGCUGCCGUAUCCUCGGCAACCGCUGAUGGCGGGUGCUUUCGGAGCGAUAUCGAGAAAGACAUGUGUCUUCAAAUACUGGACCAUUCGCUGAGGCCUAUCAUCAUCGGGGCUCGCAUCCUCGACAGACAAGGUCGCCCGAACACGCUUGAAAACUUUCAAUUACAUUACCCUUUACUAUCUAGGGGUUGGGUUCUGCAAGAGCGGCUGCUCUCAUCACGCCUUGUGGAGUGCAACUACGGCGAGCUGGCGUUCGAGUGUCUUGAGAGCGAUCAUUGCGAAUGCGGCUCAAACAUUGCUCCGCAUGGGGCCCCAUCACAGAAGACAUUAGCCAUGCCUGCAAGUUAUCGAUCGCAGCUGUACUCUCAGAGCCAACCAGGAACAACUAUGCUUCUUUCUACUUGGAGGACCAUUAUUUCCAGGUAUAUGCAACACGAAUUGACUCAGCCUACGGACGUACUGCCCGCUAUUGGGGGCAUUGCACAAGCCAUGUCUAUUUCGCUCGGUUAUACAUAUAUCGCGGCGCCACAAGUCAAGACAUCCGCAAGCCAGACCCGAGGGUUCUUCAGCUCCCACAUGGUCUUGGGCGUCUGUAUCUAUGGGUCAAACACUUGGGCACAUGCGACUAAACGGGUCAAACCACACACUCUUGAGGAACAGGCUGCUACUUCGUCAGGCAAUUGA